CCUGAUUAGGGUAGCAUGGAGUUGUUUCCUAUUUUGGAGCGAAGGAAUAAGCUGAAUGAUAAUCUUUGGUAUGUCCUCUCCCCGACCAAUAACAUGCAGGUACAAGGAGGAGUGGGCAGUAAGUUGUGUUCACGUGACACUGAUAUCUACAUUACCUGCGGAGCUCAGCCUGACCGGUCCUUUGGAUCCGUCUACCAUCUCUCUCUAGACACGUUUGGACUAGCCAAGUUGCAAGGAGAGUUCGGGGGCCGUUACGAGCACGUGGCUGUGGUCCAUGACAACGAGGUUCUAGUGUUCGGUGGAGCUGACACUUCUGGGAAUAGGAACGAUCUGCAGAAACUGAACUUAGUUGACGGUAGUGUAACGGAUGUUCCAGCAGUAGACGCCCCUUCUCCCCGGACAAUUCACAACAUGGGUGUUAGUGAGGGUCGUGUGCUGGUGUGGGGAGGCGGUGAUACAGGUGCUACUCCCGUCCAGGAUUCAGCGAUACACUCUCUUAAUCUCGGGAGCCGAGAGUGGAGCAAGUACGAAAGCACCGGAGAAGUUCCAGGCCCAAGACACGGUCACGUGAUAUGCUGCGUGAAAGAUAGACUCUAUCUGCACGGGGGUAUGGAGGGAGAGAACAUUCUGGGUGACCUGUAUUCCUCAGACAUAUCAAAGUUAAAGUCCCAGUGCGUAUGGAUGAAGCACGCAAGUUCAGAUAGACAACCAGUGGCACGUGCAGCACACAGUUCCACAGUGCAUGAGAAAUUGUUCUUUAUAUUCGGAGGUUUCACCGGGCAGCAUGCAUUGGACGACCUCUGGAGAUAUGACACAGAUAACGGACUCUGGAGUGAAAUAAUAGUACAGGAGCCCCGCCCACCUCCGAGAUUAGACCUGACAAUCUGCACGGCUAGACUGCCAUUUGACGAAAAUCAAGAAAAUAAACAAGAAUCAGAAGACGCAAGAGCACAAGAACCGCCACCUUUCCAAGACAUCACGUCUAUGCUGCACCAAGCAGCAGAGGAGACAGCCCCGCUGCCAGAUAGUAGCCCCGAGCUUCCUGUAUCAGGGUACCAGGACGUUUUGGUCUUAUUCGGCGGUAUGGAUCUUCUGGGGAAUAUAUUUAAUGAUAUUUACGCUUUCAAAUUGUAAUAUUUUGUAGCUCAAGUGUUAAAUAUGGUGUUUUAAACUUAUUUUGCAUCAUCAAAUAUAAAUCUAAUUUUGGUUUUGGGGAAAGUCGACACAUAAGGUAGCUGGUAUGAAAUCAUGAUAUUAUUUCGGGGGAAGUCAUGGCAUUGCCAGCUGGAUAAUAACUUCGAGGUGACGGCUUUUUCGCACGGGCUACAAACAGCCAAAAUUACACCACUUUGCCUUUUAAAACUUUAUUGUGACUUUUCAGCUCAGCCUUAUUAAACCUCCUACAUUUUCAACCAGAAUCAUAAAAAGGGUAUUAAAACUUUAGUCUUUGUAGUUGCAAAUAUUUGAAGCAGAAGCAGAAAUCCUGCUUGGUGCUUUAACUGUAACUGCACCUUUCAACAAGACAUUCCACAAGAAAUUUCUACUGAAAACACACUGUAGCCCUUUGAUAAUCUGCCACCUAUCGAAUUAGGCCUGACGAAUGUCGAAUAUUAUUGUCUGCAGGUUAACGGUAAUUGAAUUUCGUGUAAUAUUUUCCGAUACUGGCAGGCCAAGUUGUGAAUUCUAUUUUAAAAUCGAGCAAUCGGAAAGCUUCGUUUUACAUAACACCUGGUUAACCUACCUUAUCACACAUGACACAGCUGUUAACUUACAUAAUAAGCUAUGUUUAAGUGUGUGGCUUCACAUUGGUAUUAGUGGAUAUAUUGCAACUUCAGCAUUACAUUCCUAACAGUUACACUCCAAAUACCUUUACUGGCUUUACUGGCCUAUUAUUAUUACAUACCAGUUUGUACGUGCCCCUGUUCGUUACAUUUGUAAGUUACGCUGAAGUUUGUUGUACCCUCAUCAUCAUCAUGGCUGUCCCUCUUGAAUCGUGGAAGGAGUUUGAAAAGCACGUGCUCCACUAUAAAGGAAGUAAGAUAGUAGUGGUGGACUUCUGGGCUGCUUCAUGCGGAGACUGCAUAGUUCUGGCUCCUUUUUUCUACACUCUAGCAGAGAAGAACAAGCAGUGUGAUUUCUACGAGGUAGAUGUGGAGGAAACAACUGAGGUGGCGAACUGGGCCAAGAUAAAGAAGCUGCCGACUAUCAAGUUUUACAAGUACGGACAGUGUAUCGAGACCAUUGAGGGUGGGGCCCAGGGUAAGAUUUCUGCUGCUGUUGCUAAGCAUAAGAACGCUUAGAGUUGGUGCAGGUAGCAGGGGUCUAGGUGACUCUCUUGUAAGGUACUGUGGUGGCAGUUGAAUAAAGUUGAGUGGAUAUGAAGAUUGUUGAGGACACUGUAAUGUUGAUAUGUAGGUUGAAGCUUUGAGCUGAUGACUUCUGAAUUUGGCGCCAAUAUGCUAUAGUAUUUGCUUAAUUUUCUUUAAAUGAUAUUGGAGAGCUGUAGAACUAGAUUCAUGAUAAAACGAUGUUUUGUGUAAAUUAUUCUUGAGUCUUUUUUUUCUAAAACAGCUCAACAUUUUGUUUUAUUUGCAUGGGGAUUAUUCAUUAUUGAUAUCUAUACUUAAAUUAUAAUUCAAACAACUCUGCA